AUGUACGCCGGAAGCCUAAUCUCCCCUGGACUCCCACCGCGACCCCCGGAUCCAACCACCAAGAUCCGACCUAGACCAAGCAAACCGGACAUAUCCGACCCAAAUAACCUUAAACGUCAUCGUUUUGUGCUCCUUCUUCGACACUUUAAUAUCUCCCCCUCUCCUCCUUCGAUAGAAGAAACGGCUCUGACGGCGAGAAACCCUAACAUCCCCGCCUCCUCCAUUUUCUUCGUUUCUUCUUCUUUCUCUAUGACAAUCGAGUUCGCCCAUCUCGGAAUUGAAUUCCUGCAUUUUUAUGAAAAUGUCCGAUUUUGGAAAGUUAUGAAGGGAAAUCAAAAGGUGGCAAAGAAGAAGGGAGUCCCCAAUGAAAGGCGUCGUCUAUCUUUUAGGCCGAGACCGUCCCCUAUUGCAAAAACACCUGUAGUUGCUGAAGGGAGUAAGAAGAGUAAGAAGACUAAGAAGAGUAAGAAGAGUACGCAAGAGAGAGAACCGAGUUACGUAUCGCUCUCAGUGACAGAUGAGUCCGAAAGGGAUGGGUCCGAAAGUGAGGUAUAG